AUGUCGGCUACGGCCGGACAGCCGUCGGAUGGACAAGACGACAAGGACAAGUCACUUCUCAAAGAAGGCGAUGAGGCUCCACAGAGACCGUUGGAUAUCGAACGCUUACGACGAUGCAUCAUUGAAUUCGUGCAUGAAAAUUUUCUUGAAGUGGUUUUUUGGCAAAUGCAAACGGCAAAUAAGGAUUUUGAUGAGAUGCUCGGCGUUCAGGCUGUGGUUCUUCUUAGCAAAAUGGAUGAGUGUAAUUAUUCUAGCAUGUGUGUAGAAGGAUUGGCCCUUACUGCGGAUUUCACCCUGCGAACUAUUAUGGAUCCGCAAAAGUGGAUUUUCAUUGAGGAAAAUAUCCCGCUCAUGGACUACAAAGGUGUUCGAAGUCUGUUUAACCUCAAUGUUCAGAUGUCUGAUAUAUCAGCAAGUUCAACAGUAUACCAGCCCAGUUAUCUCCUGAGCAACGGCGACAACUAUUGCCUGCCGAAACGAAUUCUUCUCAAGAUUCUGGACCCAGAUCUCAACGUAAUACCACCGAUUUUCACCUUAACUGAGCUUAGCCGUGGAAUCCUAAAGCGCGCCUACAUGUUUCCCUUCCUACCCAAGGCAACCAUUUGUCGUUUCAGUCAUCGUGCUCCUUACCUUCCAUACAAGGCUGAAUUGCGAGCACCUCAGACAUAUCUUCUUUACACUGUCAUAAGACAACCGCGCGGAAAGGAGGUGCUCUCGGGUCUUUUACGUCAAGUCACGCAUGGCAGAACCCAGUGGGACGAAAUUCUCUCAGUAUUGAUAAGUGAAACCAUGGCGGAGGUUCAAAAGCUUCCUGAGGAAAUUGAAAUCCCGCGCUAUCAGUGGGAAAACCUCAUGAGUAUAAUCAUGUAUGGCAUCACUCAAAAGCAUAUAAAUCUGAGCCGCCUGCUUAGCCUGCUUUCAAACGUCCUCGUCAAAACUGGAUAUCGAAGGGCACGCGAUGAAGUGAUGUGGAUAAUGCUUCAGAUAGCGGGCACAUUCCAACAACAUCUACAAAAGGAACAAGUAGAGGAAAUGGCCAGGCUCUAUAACCUUUUGUUCAACGAUGACGUCGUUUGGACGGGCGCCUCUGAUCAUCCAUCUCAACUUGUUCGAUUUCUAGCUGCUGCUUGUAUGUGGAAUAUCCUCGAUGGAUCGGAGAAGAGCAUGAUUAUUUCCUAUCGUCUCCCGGUCAUGAGAGCUGGAGAAGCUGGAGCAUCUAAUUUUAUCGCUUCUCAUCGCUUUGGAGAGCGUGAGGGAUUACCGCCCCCAAGUGAAUGCCUGGCCAAUCAAAUUGAAUUCGUACGUUCUAACACGGGUCCACCAGACGAGGCCAUGCAGGCGGUUUUGGAUAACGCGUUCCGACACGAGUCUCCUGUAUCCCGAAAUGUUCACGCGAUUUUCCAACAGCGGCUGGAUGGACAACCCACAGACGAACCACAUUUGCUACCAUAUGCCGAGCGAAAUAAUAAACUGAUAUGCCUUCGAUAUGCAGCUCCUGCGGAUGGACUGAGUUUGAAGGAUCAGUGCUACAUGUUACUGGAUCUGCUAUGCUACAGGUUGCCAUCGAUUCCAAUGAAUUUUCGAACAUCAAUGUCCCAUACUCAUGAUCCUACUCCAGCUGGUCUCCGCCUUUGUAUGACAAUCCAUAGUGCCAUGGCUCAGCAGCAAAUCGCUACCAAUUAUGGUCUCUAUUCUGCAAUGGAGCACACACUCAUGCGUCAAUGGGCUUGGAACUUGUUACCAGAUACUAUCAGUCUUGCUCAUUUGUUUGUAGAUAAUGCUUUCGGGAACACAUUGUUGAAUUUAAACUCUUGGUUGGUUUACAAUCCAAUGGAUAAUGCAAGGGCUGGUAGACUGGUAGUGUGCCCAGAGAUCGUUCGUAUGUUGUUGAUUACAAUGAUGAGGGCCAUGAAAAUUAUGGGAAUCGAAAGUGAUCCAGAGCUAAUGCGGAUCAAUCAAGUGUACACAUGGGCUCCAAGUCAGCUUUCAUCCUUGCCUCUGACUGCGCAGCGUACAGCCAUCACCCUUGAAGAAGACACAGCCAAGGCCGAAGCGUUUCAGAGAGAGGUUCAUACCGAUUUUAUGCAAAUGGCAGGGCAGCCAGAAAUGUCUUGGAUGGAAUACAUGUCGAUGCCGUCAAGACAGCCAACAAUUCUAUGUGUAAUUUUCCGUUACCUCAUAGAAAGCCCACCGGAACAUCAGAUUUUGUCACCAGUGAUCUACCAAAUUCUUGAUCGGCUUACAUGCAGAGAAUAUGUGCUAGCGGUGAAUGCAACUGACUACAUAAUUUCCCAGUGCAGCGCUGAGAAGAAUUCAGAGGAGUUUCUUCCAAUGAUGAUUCGCGUACUAAAUAUGAUGGUUUUCCAUCGUCAUGUGAUGACGUUCGAUCGCCUAUUGCUUUCCUUAGUUCUUCAUCCAGCCACUGACCAUGCGAGUCAAAUUGCAAUGGUCAUUGUUCAGGCUUUACUUAACUGCUCGGAAAUAAACGAAAGAAUAGAUUUCUAUUGCCGGUUUAUUCCUCGGCGAGAUGUGGAUGCUCCAGAACAUUUCCGUCGAUUAACGGAAUAUCAUCGGAAAUUCCCUGAAAUGACAUUCGCAGAGAUGGCUAAUCGACCUCCUAUGAUGGCUGAAAUGAUCAAUCCACGAGCACAUUAUCCCAUUUAUUAUGGAAGUCUUAUAGAGCGAUUAUUACCGAUUUUGGAUUUCACAUUGGCACGAGCGUUGGAACUUCAAGUGGAUAAUAUAUUCUCGACAAUACUCACCACUUGUGGACCGAUAUAUAAGUUCCAUCCUUAUCCGAUAACGUUUCUUUAUACUAUUUUGUUCUGCAUGCAUGAGCAGCUGGGUCAUCAUCCAAGAGCUCGGCAAUUUGUGCUGGCCAUUUUAUGUCAAGGCGAUCAAAGCUCAUUGACUCAAUCGUUUAUCAACGAUAAUCACCAGAGGGUAUACUCGUUCGAGGAACUUGUGUACGAGCUGGCUGAUCGAAUUAUCACAUGCAGUGAAUUCAUCCUCACGCCUCCAUCGUACGUGGCUCCUGACUGGCGAUUUGCGGAAUACCCACCGGCUGCUCAGGCUUUAUACCUUGCCUGCAUUGAGCUCCUUGCCAGUCCUCAUUCACCGGAGAACGAAUUCCUUGCUGUAAUUGACAGCGGCGUAUUGGCAGAAAUGACAUUCGAAGAGAUAGUCUUCGAUGAGUUUGAGGAGCGGCAACUUCUGCAAAUGGCUAGUCGUCCACUUAUCGUGAACGUGGUUGCUCAAGCUUAUUGGUAUCACAGCAACCUGACAUCCUUAUCAAAAUUGAUAUCGACAUUUGCUGGGGAAGUCUGUAGUCGUGCCAAUACAGAAAACGAUCUGUGGUAUGCGCUGAGGCUUGUCGUGCCCCUCCUGCAACGAUGCAACGACUGGCGUGAAAAAGUAAAGCAUGAAGAGAGUCUCAAGGUAGUCAGCGUACUUUAUACGAAGAUUGGCGACAUUACUGAGCGUUAUGGGGAUAUUUUGCAUGGGGAUGAGCUAUGCGAUCUGCUCUACUACUUCAAGUACAUGUUCGUUGGAGAUUUUCUGAGAAAAGAAGCUGAAGCGGCAUUUCCCAGGUUUCCGCCGCGGAUGCGAGAACGGCUGAAGUUCUACACAUCCUUCUCAUCGAACAAGGAAAAAGAUGAAGAUCAUUGUCAUUCGAAAAUGAGUGCAGUCAAUCGGCCAGAUCUGGCUAAGAUAUUGAAGUCACGAUCGAAUGCUGCUGAACGCUCAGCUGAGGCAUCAGUGAGUGUUGGAGGUGUGCGGUUUAUGCAAGGGCAACCGUCGACGUCUACAUUCCGCUGGUCCUCGUCGUCAUCAUCGUCAUCCUCGACGCCCAAUUCGUGGGUUAAAAGGCUAGCCGAGUUGAAAUCUUGCCCAUGGAAGCAUUCCAGGUACUGGGGAGAUUUGUCAUGGAGAAACGCAGAGAAGCUGUUGCUACUAUGCGAGGACGGAGCCUUUCUUGUGAGAGACAGCCACAGUGACAACCAUCUUUUCACGGUCAGCUACAAGCAUUCAGAAAAGGUAUUCCAUUCUCGUGUAGAAAUAAGUGGUCAAUUCGCCCACCUUGGUGGACCGCUGUCGUUGGAACGAUCAGAGAGUGUAGUGGAUUUGUUGAAACAUGCCAUCCAAAUAUCCUAUAGCCGCGAACGAGAUAUCCUGAUGCAUCGACGUGGCGAAGAGGCGGAGGCGUCGGAAAUUCGCCUACAGUAUCCUCUCUCUCGUCUGUCACUGCUCCCUCGCUUACAGUACCUUUGUCGACUGAAAAUCAGGCUUACGGUUCGACAGGAUCGGAUAUCAGAGUUGCCGCUACCGCCAAAGUUGUUAGCCUAUGUGGCUGAUCCGAAAUUUUUGAUACCAAAUAUUAGGGAGUGUUUGCGGGUACUUGAGGAUAGAAGGGAAAGGAUAAUAAUGAUGGGGUGUAUGCGUAAUGAUAUCUAUAACAAAUAG